AUGGACGGCAACUGUUUCGAGACGUGGUUCAGCUCGGUCGUCCACAGGAUGCCACCGCGACGCGUCAUUGUCAUGGACAAUGCGUCUUACCACUUCGGGCGCGUGGAGAAAAUCCCGUCGCUGCCAUGGCAGAGGGCAGAGAUCCAAGACUGGGUGGGCUCGAAGGCGUUUCCGUGCCAUGUCGCCAUGACCAAGACGCAGCUGUUUGACACUGUGGCCACCGUCAAGACUAAAUUUAUGAAGUACUGGGUUGAUGCGGUUGCUGAAUGUGGUGGCUUUAAUGUCCUCAGGCAUUCUCCAUAUCGCUGUUAUUGUAACCCCAUAGAACUCAUUUGGGCACAGAUUAAGAAUGGAGUGGCAGAGAUGAACACUAGAUUCAAGACCAAGCAUGUGCACAACCUUUUCCUUGUUGAAUUGGAGAAUGCCACACGAGUGAACUGGGCCAAGGCUGUGCAGCAUGUGAAGGGCAUUGAAACACACUUCUGGGAGUUGCGUGGGUUUAGUUACAUGAUGGAGCCAAUCAUAAUCAACCUGGGAAGCGGUAACAACACGUCUGAAUCGGAGCUUUCUGGCACUGAACCAUUUCAGUGA